UAACUAGACGUGGCUCGUUAGAAUUGGAGCAGACAGUUUGAGAUCAGUAUUCAAAUCCUCAACCCCGUAAUUGGAAAUGAACUCAAUCUUUUUACUCAUUGAUUAUAUACAAUACAAUUCUUCUAGUGAUGUUUAUGUCUUUGCUUGGAAGCUAGCUUGUCCAAUCCUUCCUUGGGAUUGAAAGCAAGCAAUGGUGAUCCUAUAAUUCCAUGUAUGGGGCCUAGACUUCUUCGGGCACACACAUACAUAUAUAUUCCAAAUUGCGUGCGGGAAAAGACGGCUUUAACCAAUUAACAUAUUUUUGUGGCCUUCAAAUACGUUGGGAAGUCAAUUCGUCAAUGGUCCUUCUAUAAUUGAAAAAUUACACGCUUGGUUGAGUAAAAUACGAUCAAUAGAUGAUUUUGUUUCUGGUCAAUUACUUUUACGGAUCAAUCAAUUACGUUACACCCAUAUUGUAUGAUAUCUUGCAAAAAAUAUAGGCUUUUAUGGUGAUUAGUUAUGUUUUUGACAUUAUGACAAAAUAAUUAGCAAAAUCAUGCUUUUUUCUUUACCAUCCUAAUUACCAAAUCAGUGAAUCACCCAAAAAACAGCCCUUUUUUCUUCUAGCGUGCGGGUGUGUGUAUAAAUACAUAAACACGUACCGUCCAAAACAGCCAAGAAUCCAAAUAUAUCGCUGAGAGAGCACAGAGCAGAAUUAUAUAUAUGGCGCGAAGACCUCUUUUACUAACGGUGGCCGUUACCAUCCAGCUCGGCGACCUCUCAACGUCGUCGUUCCUGUCCAUCUCGCUGUACUGCGUGGCCGUGGCGGCGGCGGUCGUGACGGCGGUGACGUUUCUCUGCGGUUCCACGUCAGCAGCGGGAGGGGGGGAGAAGAAGAAGCUGCUGUGGAAGCUGAGCAGCAAGGCGCGUUUGAUGGCCAAGAAGAUAUCGCGGAAGAGGACAACGGCGUCGUAUGGUGACGAUGAGGACGACGAGGUUUGGAGGAAGUCGAUCAUAAUGGGCGACCGGUGCCGGCAGCUGGAUUUCUCCGGCAGGAUUUCGUACGAUUGUGAAGGCAACCUCGUUGCUCCGAUUCCUUCCUCUCCGCCUCCUUCUCAUGGUGGAAGCAAUUCCUCCUCUCUGGUUAAGUAGAGGCUGACUAAAUUAGACUAGUCGGUUCGACAUAGUCUCAUUCCAAACUACAUGUUAAGUUUCGGACAAUCUUAAAACGAGCUAUAAAUUGGUCAGACAAGUCAUGAUCAAUAAGGACGAGUCGAUAACCAUAACUUUCCUAAACAGCAAGUGUGUGGCUCAAUUUUUCUUCGUAUAUAUAAAAACACCAUUCGAACUAAAUAUUAAUUUUAUGUGUAGUUUAGUCUAUGUUCAUUUAAUUUUUAAUAUGCAGAAUAGUAACUCUCUUUGUUCAUUCGACCUCUUCUCCUUUGUGCCCAAAAAAGAGAUUGUACCAACUUUUUUUCAUUGACAAUUUGACUAGUUAAUAUAACUACAAAAAUAAAAUAAAAAUUAAAGUAUAGGUGAGGCUAUCUUUUAACUUUUAAGUUAAUUAAAUUUUUUUGAAAAUAGAAAAGGGAAAAACGAUUAAUUUUAACAUAAUUGGAAUAGCAACAAAAUUAGUUUAAAUCAGUCACUUGGUAUAUGGAAUUUGUCAAAUCUCAUUUAUUGAUGUAAAUUUUUCAAAUUCACAAGUUAAUACAUUUUACAUUAAAAAAAAACUUUUCAUCCAUUGCCCAAAUUUUGUAUGCAUUUUAGGACUAUAGUGGUUCUACUAAAAGAUAAAUCUACUCUCAGUAAUAAAAUAAAAAUCUAUUU